UGCCGGGAGGGCGGCCCGCGCUCACAGUCUUCCAUUCACGGCCAGAAGCGGCUGUGACUUGGACGCUGGCACGGGUUUCGCCUGCAGCCGCAACUCUCACCACCGCUUUGCUCCCGUCCCUUCCCCACCGAGACGCCCUUUCCAGCACCCGACACCUCGGGGCAGAGUGAACUUACUAGAAGACAGCAAGAACCACAGAUUUUGAAAAUGGAAAACAAAGCACCUGUGGAUUCUCAUAAAGUUACCAAAGAGUCCAUCCUAACAGAAGAGUUGAUUACGGAAGGAAAAUGGGUCAAGCUUGAACGAACAACUUAUGUGGAUCCCACUGGUAAAACAAGAACUUGGGAAACUGUGAAACGUACUACUAGGAAAAAAGGACUUUCUGCUGAUGGUGUGGCAAUUAUCCCCGUAUUACAAAGAACUCUUCAUUAUGAAUGCAUUGUCCUGGUGAAGCAGUUCAGACCCCCAAUGGGAGGCUACUGCUUAGAGUUCCCUGCAGGUCUCAUAGACGACAACGAAAGCCCAGAGACAGCUGCUCUUCGAGAGCUUGAGGAAGAAACUGGUUACAAAGGUGAUGUUGCUGAAUGUUCUCCAGCUGUAUGCAUGGACCCAGGUUUGUCAAAUUGUACCACACAUAUAGUGACUGUGAUGAUUAAUGGAGAUGAUGCUGAAAAUGUGAGACCUAAACCAAAGCUUGGAGAUGGAGAAUUUGUGGAAGUAGUUUCUUUACCAAAGAAUGAUCUGCUGAAGAGAAUUGAUGGUACUCUUCUGCAUUACUUCCUAUUGAAAUUCUACCCAUCUUUCUUUGUCCAGCUCAACUGAUACUACCUCCUUAAAGCCUCCCCAGGAUAGCACCAUCCAGAAGUGAUUGUUCUCACCUCUGAAUUCUCAAUGUACUUUGUGCCUCUCAUUUAAUAUUUUUCAUAUACUUUCUUUCUAAUUGGGUUAUCUGCGCGUGCUUUGUUUCCUCUACUACAUCACAAGAUCCUUAUUAGUUGGAAAUGUCUUACACAACCUUUGC